CAUGGACUCCUGGCCCUGCCGGCCUUGCAAAGCCCCUCAUUUUGGCAGAAAUUACAAUGUCGACCAGCCGCAAACUAAAGAAUCAUGGCAUGAGGAGAGGAAAAAACCGAGCUCCUCACAAGGGUGUCAAGAGAGGAGGCGGCAAGAGAAAAUACCGAAAGGGCAGCCUGAAGAGUAGGAAACGGGGCGAUGAUGCAAGUCGCAGUUACCGCUCCCACUUGUGAUGCGGCGACGAGCUCUGUCCUGGUGGACUUCGAACAGCACCAGGCAGCAGCUGAGGACAUCAGAGGGGGACUGCCAAAGAGAUCUGAAGUUAGACCAAAGCCGGAGAAAGAUCCUAUCGAGUGGGUAAAAUGCCAGUCGUGACGAAAUAAGGAAAUGUAUAUGUUGGCUGUUUCUCCCCAACAUCUCAAUAACAUUUUGAAAACAAAUAAACUUGUGAAAACUGGAA